AUGCACGCGUGGAGCCACGCGUACCGCCACCGACGGCAGCGCAAGGGCGACUUCCGCCGCCUGUGGAUCAUUCGGAUUGGAGCGGCGUGCCGCCAGCACGACAUGACCUACAGCCAGUUUAUGCACGGAAUGAACGUCGCGGGCAUCGAGAUUGACCGCAAGAUGCUGGCAGACAUGGCAGUGCGGGAUCAUGACGCGUUUGAGCGGCUGAUCGACGUGGCCAAAGGGGCGACCGCGACGCCACAGUAA